CAGACACAACUACGAGACCUACCACACAAUGAUCAAGCUUUUAAUCUCCGGAAAGCGAUACCGUGUAACCGAAACCCUAAUCGAAGAAGUCAUUGCUGGUCUUUAACGAAGCAAAUGAAAUCAUUAGGAGUUGUACCUGACACGUUCGCGUUGAAUCUGAUCAUUAAGGCUUAUGCUAAGUGUCUUCAGGUGGAUGAAGCUAUAAGGGUUUUUCGGGAGAUGGGGUUGUACGGAUGUGAGCCCAAUGCAUAUACGUAUGGGUAUGUUGUGAAGGGGUUGAGUGAAAAGGGGAGGGUGGGGCAGGGUUUAGGGUUUUAUAAGGAAAUGAAGGAGAAGGGGUUGGUGGCAAGUGGUACUUGUUAUAUGAUUUUGAUUUGUAGUCUUGCAAUUGAGAGGAGAUUUGAGGAUGCAAUUGAGGUUAUGUUUGAUAUGUUGGGGAACCGUAUGGGGCCGGAUUUGUUAACGUAUAAAACUUUGUUAGAUGGUAUGUGUAGGGAAGGGAGGAGUAAUGAGGGUUUUGAGUUGCUUGAGGAGUUUCGUAGAAGGGAUGUGCUUAUGGGUGACAAGAAUUACAAGAUUUUGUUGAAUGGAUUGCAUUUUCUUCGUCAGGGAUAGCUGUUUUCUGUUAUAAGAACUUCAAGAGAAAGCAAAUAUUUCAAAGCUAUUAAAUGAGAUAAUAUCUCCCAUUUGAGUGAUUUUGUAGUGACUUCCAAAUUCUGGAUAUAAGAUUGGAUAUGGUGUCAUGAUCCUAACCAGAUAUUCUCUAGAGAAAUUCACCUUUAUUUGUCUUUCUUACAUAUAAAUGAAUAUGCUAUCAGUGGAAAUGAUAUUUGUUCAAUUACCAGUUCCUAUGGAUGGUGAACUGAUCGCUAUUUGUUGAAAGCUCAUAAUUUGAGACAUAUGGUACAACUCUUUAAAGAGGCAAAGUUCUUUGAACCAUUUCAUGCCAUUUCGCUUUCUUAUGGGGCAUUAUAAAAUGGAGAUGGAAGGGAUCUGCAUUGUUUUGGAAGCUCCCUCUCAUCUCUGAAGCGAAGACGUGUAUGAUAUCAGCUGAACGGGAACAGGCUGUAGAAGAUUUUGUGCCAUAUUAGGCGUUUGAGCUGCUGCUGCUGCUGCAAAAGUUGAAAGCCGGGAGAAUGUUCUUAACUUGUAGUAUAUAGUAUCUUAUUUAUUGAUGCUAUAUGUUGGGAGCAUCCAAACCGUGAAUUAGAUUGUACCUUUUAACAUUUAUAGAUUUUUAUCUUAUGAAAAGUUAUUUUCUCA